AUGAUGCGCUACGUGUUGUUUGUGUGUGUGCUCUGCGUGUGGUGUGCCUGCGGGUGUGCUGCAGGUGAAGUUGAAACCGUUGCUGCGGAAUGCACAGAGACUGAUAAGAGUAAGUGUACUGGUUCCGGCCGCGCUGCAUCAGGUGGCGGUGUUGAAGGACAUGAAGGUGCUAAUCAAUCGGGUGACUCUGGUACAGAAGAUGGUGAUAAUAAAGUCAGCGGCAGUGCCCCAAUUUGUGAGGAGAUUGAUAAGAAGAAAUGCAAAGACCCAGAUGAUUCUAAAAACGAUCCUUCCUGCUCUACGAAAAACCCUCCAAAUUGCCGUCACGCCAAGGUCCCUGGCGUGGGACAGCCAGAGGCUGUGACGGGUGGGACAUGCCGAGAUGGUAAGACUGCACCGUGCCGUGAUUCGGAUGUGGUGGGACCUAAGAAUGACCUUAAUACUGGUAAUCCCCAGGGCUCAGCGGGAGCACAGCACUGCCAACCGCCGAAGGUUCUGUCGGCCGAUGGUAAGAAGUGUAUUGAUCGUGGUGCCGGUGAAGCGCAGGAGGCUCAGGGGAACCUCAAAGGCCUUUCCGAUGAGGCAAAACGGAAUGAGGUGAGCUUAACGAAGGCGCCCGGAUUGGGUGAGGGAGACGAGAAGAAAAUAAUCAAGGGAGAUGAGACACACUACAGCAAUGAUAGCCGUGAAGGUUCGCCGCAUGAUGGACAGCAUCAGCAUCAGCCUCCGCACGACAGGAUCACAGAAAAGGAUCAGCAGGGUGACGUCGAUAACCCUUUGAAUAGCCCCAAAGGAGGUUCAAAUGCGAAGAGUAGCGCCCCAGCUUCUGGUGUCCCAUCACCUGCAGUAAACACACCUGAGGCUGAGAGCGCUGUUGAAGAUCACCCCAAUGGGGAGCCUGUUGAGAGUCCUGCUCAGGCUGCAGUCGGACAAGGUGAUGCCGUGCAAUCGCAGACAGCUCCUACCUCUACUUCCAUGAGUGCUACAGAAGCCACAGGCAGCAGCCAGCCGAGCAGCAGCAGUCCGUCGACCGACAAGGGCCAAGACCCGAAGGCUGCGGACAGCAGCAGCGGAGGUGCAAGCCGCCGCACAGGACCGCUGCUGCU